UCGUAAGGAUUUUUUAAGUAUUGCUACGCAUGUGAACAAACGAUAAAUACAUUAAAAUGGAUAGCUAGGAUAAGCAAUGGUGUCAUUAAACUUUGUUAUUUCCAAAUGGCUGAAUUCGUUCUACUCUGAAAGAGCAUGUAACUGAAGGGUUUUUAAGUAAUCAGCAAGAAUUUUGUAAAGUUCCCAUAAAAAAAUAAAAAAAAAUUAACGAAUUUGGACUCUGUAAGAUGAAGCGUUAAGAAUUUUAAAAACUGUGUUAACUACUCAUUAAUCAUAAUGCAUGGGAAAUAUAUAAUAAAAGCUUAGUUUUCUGUAUUUAAUCAAGCUAACCCUAUAUAAUGGACCAACUCAAUCUCUUCAGCUUACUCACAAGAACUCACCCAAAUAGCCAAGAAAAUGGGAACUCCACCCAUCCAACACAUCAAUCAAGACUCAGCCACCGAAGUCAAGCUUGAAUCAGCAAAAAAUCUAGUGACUUUGAAAGUUCAAGCAGGGGAUGAUCAUGAAGUUUACUACAGAGUGAAGCGCGAUUUUCCUUUAUGUCACAUGAAACUCGACUACUGCAACCGCCUUGGUCUCGAAUAUGGAGCUGUUCGUUUUGUGUAUGGUAAAGCUGAGGUUCCGGGUGCUAAAACUCCUGAUGAUCUUAUGAUGAAGAAUGGAUGUACCAUUAAUGCUUGGGUUGACAAGAUUGGGGGCUGAUACAAAUUUUCAAGUUUAUGGGAAUGAAGAAGGGACUUGCUUAAGUUAUUUUACUGGUUUGUCUUGUUUUUAUUGCUUUCAUCUUUCCUUUUGUUCAUAUGGUUUAAUCAUGACGUGCUAUGGUAAUAGUAAUGUAUAAAUAAAAGCUAAUGAGUGUUUUCUUAACCUCUCUAGUAUUUGAGAAACACCAAGUUUAUUAUUGUUCAUGUCACAAUUUCAAAUAUUCCAAA